GGAGGGCGCGGCUCGUGCGUCGAUUCGGUCUCCUAGGCAACGACGCAGGCGUCGGAAGAGAGUGCGCGCGGGAGGGGCUCGCUCUUCCAAGGCCUGGCCGGCGGCGGAGGCUGCGUUUCCCUUCGUGAGUAGCGCCGGCGGCGGUUGGGCGUUUUGUUUCUCCCUCAGAGGGCAAAUGGGGGACGAGGGGAGCAUGCGCGGGCGGAGGCUUCGACGGCUUGUCCCUCAGGGGUCAGCCUGAACCGGGGGCGGGGGGUUGGUGGGUGCGCCGUUCUCUUGUCAGGCGUCGAGCAGUUAGGAACUCUAGUAUUAUUAAUGGCUUUUAUCCUAGCAUUUCUUCCGACAAACUAGGGGCAGUUUCGUUCCCCUUCUUCCCUUUCAUCCUUACAACAACCCUGCGAGGUCGGCGAGUGCUGGGUAAAGUUCACCUCAUGAGCUUCAUUGGCGAGGAGGAUUGUGGGGGGGUGGGUUGUGUGUGUGUUUUAUAUAUAUAAUUAUUAUUAAAUUUUCUGUUUUACAAUUUAGAAUACUCGUUUAAACAUCCUUAAAAUAUCAGUGACUUCCCUUCAUCUCUUUCCAUGGUUCAUUUUACAUAUCAUAAAACCCUUCAUAUUUUACAUAAACUAAACCAUUCAGUAUUCCAUUAUGACAUCCAUCAAAACUUAUUUACACUGUUGAAUUUAUCUUAAUGCUGCCAACGUUUUCAAGUGUACACAAUCCCCCCCAUAUAUUCAAUAAACAUUUUCCAAUCUUCUCUAAACAUAUGUUCUUCUUGUUCUCUUAUUCUAUAUGUUAAAUCUGCAAGCUGUGCAUAUUCCAUCAGGUUAAGUUGCCAUUCUUCUUUAGUUGGGACCUCACUUGUUUUUCCAAUGUGUGUGUGUGUGUGUGUGUGGGCCAGACCUCUACAAAAAGUGAACACUGGCUACAACAACCUCUUCCCACCGUACAUAUUCUAUGAUUCUGUCACCUGGGCUGAGUCAGGAAGUAUCUUAGCAAGCCAGGAUGGAGGAACUCCACAGGGAAAGCCGCCUUUGUAGGUGCCCUGCCUCACCUCUGCCUCCUUGGUGCUUCUGCUUCCCUCACCUGAGUAGCUUCUGAGGGAUGGAGGGGACACACACACACAAACACACACAUGUGUGUAUAUCCUCUUGCAUGUGAAAUGGCUUGUGGGCAGGAGCUCGUCACCCUCCUAUUUACAAGCCAGUCCUGUUCACGUCUCCUUGGAAGAAGCUACCACCAAGUUGACUGGAUGUUCACCAAGUUUGUGCAGUAUUGCAUGCAAAGGGAGCAGCCCCCAUCCCUUCUUACAAAUGGGUUAAAUCCCAAUGAAUUCAGUAGGCCUUGCUUUUUUCUUUCUUUUAAAUACUAGGAAUGGGGGAGAAAUUCAGUUCGCAUAUAAAGAAAGGCAAACCAGCCCGAAUUUCACUUUCCAAAAAAAAAAUACAAGAACUAAAACUCCGUUAUCCUUCAAAAUGUGAAAGGGGGGAGGAUUUAAAAUGUAAAACAGAGAGAAUUUGCAAUGUCGAUUGCAUUAGAUAUCAUUGUAAAUGAAUUCACUAACCUGGUUGCACAAAAUAAUCUAUCUGUGAUAAUGCAGGUAUCCAUUGAACUAAAGAGUGAUGCUUUAGACAGAGUGAUAAGCAGCGAGGCUGCUUUGGCAAGAGACUCUUGCCAAAUAAUCAGCUUAUCUUCUACUUGCUUAAAUUAACCAACCUGCUGACACAGAUUGAAAACAUUUUCUCUUGGGAGUUUGUAUCUACAUAUGUAUUAAGCAUCUGAAGACUUUUGCCUUCAUGUCCAUCUACAAUAAUUUCAGCUGUUUUAAGUAGACAUAUUAUUUGCAAACACAGGUGUUGACUGUGCCAUUAUAUCAAAAUUAUGGGAUUAUUUGACAAGCUAGCAGGCUGGCUUGGUCUGAAGAAGAAAGAAGUUCAUGUUCUGUGCCUUGGGUUGGACAAUAGUGGAAAGACAACAAUUAUUAACAAGCUAAAACCAUCUAAUGUAAGUAGUCCUUUUUAGUAUGUUACCAGCUCGUUUGCCAGAUCUUGUAGUAAAGAUAAUGCUCAUAUUUGGAUACAUGUAUAGAAAGAUUUCAUUUGUACCAUAUUGAAAUACUAAUGUUUAAGAUGGCAUUCAUCUUUAUAUACUGUUUUCUAUUUUGGAAGUAGAUCACAUUAUUUUUAAUUUUUGAUACGAUGUAUAAUUCUAAACUGCUUGUACAAAUGAGAAUUUUCUUAGGUAUUCCUAUUGUGUGAUUUUCAGGACCCUAUCGAUGUUUAUUCAGAAGAAAUUCCACUAUUCAAAGGGGUUUUACUCUCCAGGAAGUGUGUUCAGAAUUGUAAUUUUAUCCAUCUAAUGAAGAAGAAAGCAAGCUUCCUUAUUGGUUUUAAUAUAGAAAAGCAGAGCAGACCUCAGAAAAAUGAAUUAAAUAAAAAUAUUAAACAUUACUAUCCCAGGCCUUUUCUCAGGGGGUAUAUUUCAGAAAUAGCAGAGAUUAAAAGUGAAUUUAUUAAAAUCUAAUAUGAGACACCCAUUGUAUAGUUGGAAAUACAUGAUUUAUGCUGCCCAUGUUUGGGUUUUCACAUAGGCCUGUAAACAAAUUCAAGUUGAAUCAACUAGUGCUUAGGAAAUGAAUACUGUUUAUACAUACACACCCUUUUGCACACAUGCAGAUAUGUAUAUGUUUCUUAAAUGCUAUUACACCUUUCUUUAAAUAGCUUUUCCUUAAAUAGUAUCUGUGAUACCUUGGCUCUAAAUACAGGGCAAGAAUGAAUAUAUCAUUAAGGUCUUUUCAAUUAUGCUUUGUCAUGAUUUCAGCAAAAGCUUAUUGUGUUAAACAACUAUAACCAAAACAUUAGCAUACUGGUUUGUUACUUUCAACUAGUACAGAAAGGUCACACUUAUUUUGUUAAGCCAUAUUAGAUUGAAAUCAUUAAGUACUUAGUCACUAGACGUGCUAGCACCUAAAUGCUAAGCCAAACCAUGACUAAGUAUGAACAAGCAAGCAUGCAUCUCUCUGGAGCAAAAGUUGUGGCCUCUUUGCUCCUCCCUGGUUUUGCUCUGCCAUGCUUCCUGCAGCUAAACUCUCUUUUGGCUUAGUAUUAUGUUCAAAACUUCACUUGUGGCUUGUCUCAUUCCAAACAAAUUGCAAACUGUAGCCAAGUUUUGCUCUUAGUUUACCACUCAUGAUUUAUUUGGGGGAAACAAACCAAGAGACUGGGUUUGGAUGUAACAUUAAAUCAAACCAUGGCUCAGCUCCAGAUAGCAGAGAGGGAGCAAAGUGGCUAUGAUUUUCUCUCUGAGUAACCUGCAUGCUUGCUCGUUCACACUUAGCCAUGGUUUAAAACCACAGAGCCUAGGACUUGCCGAUUAGAAGGUCGGCGGUUUGAAUCCCCGCGAUGGGGUGAGCUCCCGUUGCUUGGUCCCUGCUCCUGCUAACCUAGCAGUUUGAAAGCAUGUCAAAGUGCAAGUAGAUAAAUAGGUACCGCUGCAGCGGGAAGGUAAAUGGCGUUUCCGUGCGUUGCUCUGGUUCGCCAGAAGCGGCUUAGUCAUCCUGGCCACAUGACCCGGAAGCUGUACACCGGCUCCCUCUGCCAGUAAAGCGAGAUGAGCGCCGCAACCCCAGAGUCGGUCACGACUGGACCUAAUGGUCAGGGGUCCCUUUACCUUUAUGUGCAAACUGUACAAAGGUCAUGGGCUGAGCUCUGCAUGCAUUGCAGCAUUUUCAGGUCCCCUUCGCAAAGCAGUUGCCAUCCCUGUGCCACUCCACAAAACUGUACAAUUUGGGAAUUGCAAUAUGUUGCUGAAUUAAGAGCCAUGUUUUAUGGAGAGAGGAGAGGACCAAGAAAACCCUGGUCGUGGUUUAUUUUAAUGAGUCUUCUCUUAUGUAUCACUAAGUUUUGAUCCAACAAAAUGUACCUGCUGUCUUACUGCUACACCAUCCAAUAAGAGAGCAGGUGGCACUGUAGUCUAAACCACUGAGCCUCUUGGGCUUGCAGAUCAGAAGGGCAGCUGUUUGAUUCCGCACAACAGGGUGAGCUCCCAUUGCUUUAUCCCAGCUUCUGCCAACCUAGCAAUUUGAAAUCAUAUCAGUUCAAGUAGAUAAAUAGGUUACCACGGCAGCAGGAAGGUAAAUGGCAGUUUAGUCAUUCUGGCCACAUGACCUGGACAGCUGUAUGUAGACAAACACUGACUUCCUCGGCCUGAAGUGAGAUGAGCGCCAUACCCCAUAGUCGCCUUUGACUGGACUUAACCGUCCAGGGAUCAUUUACCUUUUACACCAGCCAAUGUUUCUUAAAAGCUUGUGUAUUCCUGCAGUAUCCAUAGGUUGCCUGUUUAGGUAUUGGUACUACUGUUCUCUGCUGCCAACACAAACAUCAUACUGCAUUAAAUAACUGAUUUAAAUAAGCUAAAUAUCCACAGUACUGCUACUUAGCAUGUAUAUAGCAUUUUAGUAUAUUCUGAGCUCUUCACAUACUUAGCCAGCAUUAGUUUAGCAUGAUGAGAAUGAGCCAUAGUGAGCCACAAGGGGGAAAUAUAUGAUGCCACGUGACAUUUUAAACUAUUAUUUAUUUGGAUCGAGAGAAUAUAUUACUGAUUUUUAGUAUUAAAAUUGAACAUGAAUUUUUAAAGACGAUUUUGUUUUCUUUUAAAGGCUCAAACUCAAGAUAUUGUUCCCACGAUAGGAUUCAGUGUAGAAAAAUUUAAGACAUCUAGGUAAGACCCUUUUAUUUCAUUAUGUUUAUAUUCUAUAUAAUUAUGUAUUAGACAAGAGAAUUGUCUUUCUAAUAGGCUGCAUUAACUAUUAACAUUUGAUUUGGCAUGGAGAUGUAAUUCUAUAUGUAGUUAUUGUGACAAGCCUGUGGGGAAGGGAUCACAAAUUGCUAAGACAGAUUUCUUGUAGAAAAGGUCUCGUAUUUAAGUGGUACUGUUGAAAUUUUAUGCCUUUCAUAUUAAUGAUUUUAAGUGUUGGAGAGUCUCUUUAACUAGAUUUAAAAGAAAACAUUGUCCAGGAGCCAAGCAGCUCCCAGGUUGAAGCUUGCCCAGCAGAAUUGUUGACUUUUCUGUUUGAACAACGUGCCCCAUCCCAUAAUAAAAUUGCUUCUGAAAGUUGCCUCAACUUCAAGAGUGCCUUGCAUUAUAGUAAGUGUGGGAUACCUCUGGGCCCCAUGCCUAAUUAGUCCUGGUAUCAGCAUGUUUACUUAGUGGUAAGUCUCACUGAGUUCACUCAAACAAUUUACUUAGUCAGAAAAUAAACAGUUGCACUAGUGGGAGCCAGCAUGAUUAGCCUUCCUAGUGCAAUGAAGCUAUACCCCACCAAUCAGCUCUGGGAGGUUGGGAGAACCCCAAGAAUAGAGUGUAGGGGGUAGAGAGAGUGAUCUCCUUAGUGCUAUUUUUAAUUCAACCGUUGGCUUAAGAAUCAAUAGUUACUUUUUUGUUUUUUACGUAUCCAGUUUUGAUAUUUAAUUGAAUAUGAUAUGUUGGCAUACAAGUUAAUAUGAAGUUUUCUGUUACCAAAAGCAUAUCAAUAAGCGGUUCAAUAACGAGUCAGAAGUGAGCGCUACUAUGUUCAGUAGACUGGGUAAUAAUUGUACAUAGCCAUAAAAGCAUUUCAGUUUUAAUUUUAUGUAUUUUUUGUUUAUAGUUUGUCAUUCACUGUGUUUGAUAUGUCGGGUCAAGGUAGAUACAGAAAUCUUUGGGAACACUACUACAAGUAAGUUCUUUUUUAUUGUGAGACUGAAAUUUGCAGUAUUUGUACAUACGUAGAAACUACAAGUCUCUCAUCAUUUCUGUAUGAAAUUUAUGAAGGUGACUGGGAGUAAUUGCAAAAUAUGAUAAUGAUACUUCUGUUGUGACUUAAGAUAAUAUUCAUAGGCUUGCAAAAUAAAAAAAAUGAAUACUUAUGCAUAAUUAAUUUUAAGUUAACUAGUGUUUACAGCAGCCUCAUACCUUCCAGAUUUUUUUACUACAAUUCCUACCAGCUCCAGCCAGCACAACCAUAAUGGGAAUUGGAGUUCAAAACAUCUGCAGGGCACUAGGUUCCAUGUUGAAGUACUCUUGCAGCUCACUUGAUAUGAAAAGUUGGUCCGCCUUGCUUUAGAAGUACUAUGUUUAUAAAUCUAAGCAAAGAUUCAUCUCUGUUUUGAAAAUAGCUUGAGUUCCACCAUAUGGAACAUAAUGUUUUUUCUAAGAAUCUAGAAGGAAUAUGCUGCUACCAGUUAGUACAGUAACACACAACACAUUGAAGUAGGAUUCUGUUAAUUCAUUUUGUUACUCAACAUUUUAGGAAGCAUCUAAUUUGCUUAUUUGCUUUCUAUGACACACAGAGAUUGCCAGGCCAUUAUUUUUGUCAUUGAUAGCAAUGACACACUAAGAAUGGUUGUGGCCAAAGAAGAACUUGACACUCUCAUGAAUCAUCCAGGUGAGAAGAUCCUUUAUCAUUCACUCAGUUCUAUUUCUACUAUAUGUCUUUGACAUGAAAAACUAUUUUCUUGGUAACUUUGUAUUUGCAUAUAAAACCUCCUUGUUUUUCUGCCCAGUAGAUAACUAGAAUAAAGAUUUCAGUAUAUUUUCUGUUAAUAGGAGUAUCACAAGUAUAAUUCAAGAUAAAAUUAAUUUAAUAUAAGAAUGCCAGAACAAUUUUCAGAAAUAAGAGAUUAAUUGAACUUGCAUAAAUGUUAAGCUCUGAAUUUGUCCCCUAAACUUAAUGUGCUGUAACAGCUUGUGGGCAAUUAGGUAAAAGAUUUUACUACAUUGGUUUCCGACAAUUUGCACCAACAAGGCAAAUACCUUCAGGUUGGGCCUGAGACACAUCCCUGCAGCUCUCUUCACACAUAAGAAGGGACUGCAAAUAUGCAUCUCUGGCACCAUCCUGAGCUUGCGUGACUCCUCAGCUAAUCCCCUUAUGUCUGUUUGGACACCACCUUUGUUGGAAGCCGCCCAGAGUGGCUGGAGAAAUCCAGCCAGAUGGGCGGGGUACAAAUAAAUUAUUAUUAUUAUUAUUAUUAUUAUUAUGUAAGGGAAAGACUACAUCCAUCCAUCCAUCCAUUCUGGAAUCCCAGUCAUGCAUGGUUCCAAAAAUUCAUGGAAAACCUUUGCACGUAGAAAUCUACACAUGCAAAGUUUUUCCUCCUGAGAAGUCAUGCAAACUUCGUGAGGAGGCGAAGUAUAGCUUAUGCUAUACUUACUGUGAGAGAAAACAGUAGCUUUGUUUUUUAGAGGAGAAAUUGAUUCAUGUAUAGAAAUAUAAUGAAUGUAAUGUUCCCUUUGUAUAUUAAUUUGAAAAAUAUUUGUAGAGGGAAAACUACUGUUGGGCUGCAUAACGUGUAGAUAUCAGCAGUGUGUUAUUGAGCCUCCCAUAAAUGUUUUUCACAAAUCAUAAAUUGUUAUGUUACAUGGGAUGGGGUCCAUUGUAGUUGCUGAAAUAAUUCACUUUGAUGUAACUGAACAUUGAAAUUGGGCGGGGGAAUAAUCUAACAACCGUAUAAUUCAGAAGUAGCGACAGAUCUUUAUUUUCAAAGCUUAGAUUAAAAACUACACUGGAGAUAGGAUUUGGCUUUUAUAUUAAAAAUAGAUGCCUUCAGCAACAGCUGUAAGUAACAGAAUACUGCCAUAUAUAUGGUUGUAUUUCUAUUCCAUAAUAUAGUUAUUUUACAUCUAUGGAAGUAACUUCUCUGAUGUUAGUAGAGUUAAAUAAAUUGUUACUGAUUGUAUAGAAUAUUUAUGAUAUAUCGUACCCUGUACUGUAUAUCGACUGCAAAGCUAUAAACUAGAUUUUAGGUUUUUUUCUUGUCAAAUAAUUUUCCUGAUUCUGUAUUAUUGAUUGGAAUAUCUUCACUAAUUUGUCUUCAAGUGCAACUUUAACCAUGAUCAGAUCUCAGCCCCAGAAUCUUUUUUCAGAACAAGAAUCAAAUCCUCGCCUGUGUGAAGUAAUACUACUAUUACUACACUAAGUCUCUUCUUAUGUGCCUUUUCCUCUCUAAUGAGCAGUUGCAGCUACACACAUGCUGAGAGCUCAGUAAAACUGACUAGCAGGGCAGAUGACAUGGCUCCCAGGCAGGCUUAGCAUCUCUUUGUUUUUAAAAAUCAUUCCCUGCUUUUAGUACUUGCUAGAUAUAAUCCACAACAAGUUUAUUUUGGUCAGUUCAUAUAUCUUGUUACAUUCUUGCUGCAUGUGCCACAAUCUCAUAGGAGAUUUUGAAACCCUGUAUCAUAUCUACAGCUUCUGUGGUUAAGUUUGAAAGAAGAGCUUCUUAAUGAAACACUUACUUAAAAACAGUAAGGAUAUGGCAGUGCAUAGGGACUUAGCUUAAUUAUAAACUUGGCAGCCUUAGACAUACAUCUUUGGGGAUGGGUACUUUCGGAACUGUACAGAAACAUGCACCAGAGAUGCCAUGGCCCAGUGUCUCUAUCUUAGUAGGAUAAAACCUUCAAAAGAUGGCAUUAACAGGUGAGCAGUGUAAGCAUAUUGUCGUCUUGUAAAAAUGUGUUUAUAUAAAAUAUAAAUGGAUUAACAAAACAUUAUGUUACUCCUAGAUCUUAAACACCGACGAAUACCAAUUUUGUUCUUUGCAAACAAGAUGGACCUCAGGUUUGCUGUGUCAUCAGUAAAAGUAUCUCAGUUAUUGGCUUUGGAGAACAUCAAAGACAAGCCAUGGCAUAUCUGGUAAAAUUAGCUUACUUUCAUUUUGUACUAAAAUUAGUUUUAAGUUACUAAUGCUUAUAUUGAGUGAAGAAAACUCUGUGAUAACCAGUAUACAAAUACUGAUUCCAAAAGCAAGCUGUAAUCAGUGUCAUGUUACACAGUUGUAUAAUGCUGUGGCAAUGGCUUUACAUGCUGUCCUGACUCAUUUGGAGAAGCAAGGGAACUAUGCGAGACUGUUAUUUGUAGACUUUAGUUCUGCAUUUAAUACUAUUCUUCCGCAUAGAUUGGUGCCCAAAUUAUUAGACCUGGGACUUCCACUAUGUUUGUUCAGGUGGAUAUUAGAUUUUCUAUCAAACCGUUCCCAAAGGGUCAGGUUGGGUUCCCACAUCUCUGCGGAUCUCAUCAUGAAUACGGGGACGCCGCAGGGGUGCGUGUUGAGCCCGCUUUUAUAUACACUCCCAAAUACCCCAGUAAUAAGAUCAUUAAGUUCGCAGAUGAUACAACGGUGGUUGGUUUAAUCACAGCUGGAGAGGGGGAGGCGGCCUAUAGGAAGGAAGUUGAGCAGUUGGGGGAGUGGUGCAGGAAAAACAACUUACUCCUUAACUUAAAGAAAACAAAAGAGAUCAUUGUGGACUUUAGGAAAUGUAAAUUGAAUAUUCAGCCACUUAUUAUUGAGGGGAAGUGCGUGGAACAGGUCUCGGUGUUUCGAUUUCUGGGAAUGGAGUUGAGAGACGACCUAACCUGGGGAGAGAACAGCAAAGACCUGGUGAAGAGAGCACAGCAGAGGUUAUAUUUUUUGAGAAUCCUCCGGAAAAACAAUCUCUGAAAGGACCUGUUGAUGGCAUUUUACCAUUGCACUGUGGAGAGCGUACUAACUUAUGGUCUGUGUGUAUGGUUUGGGAGCUGCACGGCCAGGGAAAAAACAAUGCUAUCCAGGGUUGUAAAGACUGCAGAGAGAAUAAUUGGGUGCACUCUUCCCACCUUAGAUCAAAUCUAUGCUGCCAGGUGCCAUAAGAAAGCGGCAGAGAUAGCACAGGAUAGUACGCACCCCGGAAAUGAUCACUUUCAGCUUCUGCCUUCUGGAAGAAGGUAUAGGGCUAUAAAGGCCAGGACUAGCCGCCUGAGAAACAGUUUCUAUGCAAAUGCAAUUCUGGUUCUAAACGCAGCAUAAGGGGUUUCUACAGUAUAGUGUAUUUUAAAAUAGGGUUUUAGAGUUUUUAGGGGUUUUUGAAUGUUUUAUGUAGUUUUUAUGUAGUUUUAUAUAGUUUUGUGGUAGUUUUAUGUAGUUUUGUGGUAGUUUUAUGUAGUUUUGCAAUUUCAUUGUCCUGUAUGGGACAAUGACAAUAAAGAUAUAUCGUAUAUCGUAUAAUGGUAAUAUCUAUUUGUAGAAGAUUGGUGUUUGAAUUUGCAGGGUUGUUUUCCUAAGAUAAACCAAGAAACUGACAGAAUCUUAUUAAUCUCAGCAUCUUUAAACACCUCUGGAAAGCUACCAGUGUUAGCAAAUCACAGCUUGCCAUUUGCUUGAUGUAGAGCAACAGUCGGUGGGAUCAAGCUGUGUUUGCCCAUCAGUGGAAAAGACCCGCUGAAGCAAUAAUAUUUCUCCUUCCUCACCUCCGCCUGCAGCCCUUAUGCACCCCCCCCCAAAAAAAAUCCACCUGCUCCAGAAGACUGUGGGCAAUGACAAAGGCAUAGAUUGCUAUUAUUUGGAAAGUUAUCUUUUCACUAACUUGUUGGCGAGUGUGCAACAUUUCAAGUUACGUCAGGCUUGUGCAGGAUGAGAAACAGAGAAGUUGGUUUUUCCCCACUCUGCUUCUGGAGGCUGAAACGUGAGCAUGGGGGCUGCCUUAAAUUAUUUGCAAAACCUCUGUUUGGAGAAUCUAAUACUUCCUCUUUAAGUACAGGUAGUUGGUGGCAGCAGCAGUGGGGUGUGGGAGAGAAUUCCCCUAGCUCCCCUGCUGCCAUCCACUUACCUCUCCACUUGCCUAUUUAAAGGAGAAGCACAAGUUACUUCAAACAGUGCUUUUACAAAAGGCUUUAUUCCCCUACUCAUCAGCUGAUGAGUGAAGAUUACCAUAUUUUUCGCCCUAUAGGACGCACUUUUCCCCCUCCAAAAAUGAAGGGGAAAUCUGUGUGCGUCCUAUGGGGCAAAUACAGGCUUUCGCUGAAGCUUGGAUAGUGAGAGGGGUCGGUGCGCACCGACCCCUCUCGCUCUCCAGGCUUCAGGAAGCUAUCAGCAAGCCUGGGGAGCCUGCGGGAUUUCCCGCGGGGCUCCCCACGCUGCGGAUAGCAGCCUGCCGCCCGGCGCGCGGGGUGCCCUGAAGCAGAGGGCCCUGCGAGCUGGGCAGACAUCCGCAGCGUGGGGAGCCGCCAUCCCGCUGUUCCCCGACCUGGUUGUGGGGGGGAAAUCAAGGAAAAAAUUUUUUCCUUUAUUUCCCCCCCAAAAAAAUUAGGUGUGUCCUAUGGGACAGAGCGUCCUAUGGGACGAAAAAUACAGUAAAUCCUGCUGCUUUGGCUGAGCAAUCCAAUUCACUGGUGGGCACAGGGCAUGCAGCCAAAGCAGGAUUAAACCCUCUUGUCCUCUUGUCCUCUUGUCCAUCAGCUAAUGUCACCAGUGGCAUCAGCUGAUCAUCGGGUGGGUGUGGUUUGGGAAAAGUGGCCUUGUGGGCUAAAUUGGACCUCCUAGUGGACGAAGAUGGCCAAUGGCCCAAAGGUUCCUUACCUCUGUAGUAAAGACUUUAGGGAAGAGGCAGAUGAAAUAGGAGGCAGAAGCAAGGGAGCCAAAGAGAGGAAGAGAUCACGGGCCAGAGGAAAGAGAGAGGGGUCAAUAUUGACAGAAAUAUUUUAAGAAAUGGAGUGCUUACAGUUACUUCUCUACUGCUGCUACAGCCCUUGUAGUCUUAUUUUCUCAUAUAUUCCCAUCGAUUUGUGAAGAUGUUGCUAAUUCACUUAACUUUUUGUAUUCUCUUCCGGACACUGCAAACACUGCUUCCACUUUGUUAGGCAUUCCUUAUAGGGCAGGGAAACUGAACGUGAUGGUGUCAUGUUAGAUUUUGUUUUAUUGCAUAUGGUUGAAAGAAAGAGGAAAUUGAGGUUUGCUGCUUUGGGCAGCAUAUAAGCAUCUCAGCAUCUUUCAUGUUUGUCUGUGCUAUGUACUAUCAUCAUACACGAACAAUAAAUAUACUUCUGUGGCUAUGAUUUGGUCUUAACUAACUGUAGAAAAUGUAAUCACUUUUUUCAUUAGUUUUUUGUGCCAUUAAAAAAAGUUUGCUCUUUUCUCAUUUUAGUGCUAGUGAUGCUCUUAAAGGAGAAGGUUUGCAAGAAGGUGUAGACUGGCUUCAAGGUACAUUUCAUCAUGCUUUGCAUCACCAGCUUCCCUUUUCCAUUCAUUUUAUAAUCUUUUCUGUCAUUUCAUUUUGCUUUUCCCUCAAUCUGUUUUUGCUAUCAGAUCAGAUUACACAGUGAGUAUACUCAACAAACUUGGCUAUUUGGAUCCCUGUGUGUUACACGUUAUAUUUUUAGCAAAAAUACCUCCCUUUAAAACUUACCAUUUAAAUUAAGCAAAUAUAUGGGCAGUAUUGUUACUCCUAAAUUAAGACUAAGAAAUAGUGCUUGAGUACAUUGCUAUAAGCGUGGAAUGUAUGUUUACAACAGAAAGCAAGUAGCAUUGUGAUGUAGAUUACAAAAAGUUAAAGCAUAUUUAGUAAAAUAUGGCAGCUUUUAUGCUGUGCAUACCAGAUAAUUUUCAAAAUGACUAGAUGAUUUCUAGGUCUAGAGAUAAUUGCAUUUUCAAGUCUCAUUCUCGCUGUCUGCUCUCGUUGACUGAAUGAGUCUUGAGAAGUUUUAUGCAGCAUUCAAGCAUCGCACAUUAUUAUCCUCCACUAUCCUUUGGUGUAAGUUAUCAUAAUUAAUGUUUAAUAUCUACCAUUGUUCGGGCUUUAAUAGUGAUACUGUCUCUCUUCAUUUAAUUUAUUAUAAUAAUAAUAAUUUUAUUAUUUAAAUGCCGCCCAUCUGACUGGGUUGCCCCAUAACACAUUAUUUAGUAAAUAAAUUAAUUUAUAUAAUCAACAUUUAUUUUUAUUCCAGUGAUUACUGUUUUUGAAUGGAAUAUUCUUAUAGGGAAUUACUGGUUUACAUAGUUAGAGUGGCAAGCUCCUUUGCAUGCUUUUUAGAAGCUUUGCUCUAAGCUUUGGGCUUAGUUGAGUACAGUUUUUUAUUUAAAAUACACCGCUAGAUGUCAGCAGAGACUAAAAGAUGAGAGGCAGAGAAGUGCCAUUUAUUAUAUUGGCUGUGUGAAGAUCCAUGUUUACACACUGUAGUGCUGAUCCAUAAGAACAUUUCUAUGAAGGAAGCGCUGGUUAUAGUUUAUAUUUCAAGGCUCUAUAAAAUAGUUCAGAAGCCUUAAUACUACAGUGGUACCUCGGGUUACAGACACUUCAGGUUACAGAUGCUUCAGGUUAUAGACUCCACUAACCCAGAAAUAUUACCUCAGGUUAAGAGCUUUGCGUCAGGAUGAGAACAGAAAUCGUGCAGCAGCGGUAGGCCCCAUUAGCUAAAGUGGUACUUCAGGUUAAGAACAGUUUCAGGUUAAGAACAGAGCUCCAGAACAAAUUAAGUUCUUAACCCGAGAUACCACUGUACUAGAAUUCUGUAGCUAAUAUAAUUAAAUAAAAACAGCAUUUUAACAUCAACUUUAUUUGUUUUACCUAGAUCAGAUCCAGGCAAUGAAGACAUGAAAAACCAAUGAGUUAUGAAAAUGUCAUAAAGAUAAUUUGUAGAUGUACAUGAUGACCUCUUGAAGAUGAAGACUUUUUAUAGGUCUGUUUUCUUCUGUUGGCUUUUAUAAAAGCCCAAUAAAAAUAAUAAUAAAUAUUUUUGUAACAAGAUGUAGUAGCUCAAAUGCACAUUCAUCAUACUGAAGGAAAAAAUACAUGUGGUUCGAUAGAAUAAUAAAAUCAUUGUAUGUAGUCUAAAAAUGCUGGUGGAUUUUUGAGUUAGGGGCUCAAGAGAUCACAUUUGACUUCCUGAUUGUGCUCACCACAGUGUUUCAUUCAAAAAUAUGCAGUGAGAUGGACCUUUACUAGAAUGUAAAAGUUUUCUCUUGCUUAGAAAACAGCUAUUUAAAUUUUACACACCAUAUUUCAGUAAAAAUUUGGUUGAAUGUGUUUACUCCGAGCCUGCAUGCAAUCCUGUAUUUUUAUAAGCAGUUGUGGAUGUUUAUGAAUAAUAUGUACUGUUGAAAUGUACUGGACUAUAUUGUGUUCUAUAAGAAGUGAAACAAUAUUUUCAUAAAUAAAAUAUGUUACUAAAUACCUACUGUGCUUUUAAGAUAAUACGUUGAAUAUCAGCCAAGAACUAAAAUAGUCUGUUACACAUAUUAAAUCAUUUUUUUGUUUUAU